CAAACACUUUUGCUUUUGAGGCGAUGGAGUCGGGCGAUCGGCCCGAUCGGUCGAUCUCAGCGUAGUGGGCAAAGCUAAUAAGUGCAAUCCCUUUAUCAAGCACCAUUACACACUACUAGUGAAUGCUCCGGUUAUUAGAUCUAGGCAAGUCUUAGAUCUAUAGAUUUCCUCUUGACAUAAAUAUGGCAUAAUAUGGGCGGAAUAGGACGUACAUGUUGGACAUGUGAAACGUCUUCUUCACAUAAGAGCCGGCGAACGAAAAGGCCGAGAAGAAACAGACCCAAAGCUAAAAGGCAAACUUUUCAAGAGGAUUAUCCCCAGAAUGUUCCCUGGUCCCAAUACUACCGCCCUCGCGACCUUCGCUGAAGAUCCCAGGCCAAAGGUGGUUGUUUUUUCCGUUAUGUGGAUAUCAGUGCUUUAUAUUCCCGUCAUCACCAUCGGCAACCUCCUCGUCAUUGCAACGACAUAUCUAGUGAAAAAACUGCACACUCCCGACAAUUUCGUCCUAGCGGGCUUGGCUAUCGCAGAUUUACUAGUGGGAGUUUGGAGCUUGCCUUUAUACAUACUCGCGGAAAUUCCUGCAACUUUGCCUAUGAUACGAUCUCAGAGGUGGACCUGUUCCCUGAGGUAUAUUUCUAACAGCAUAAGUCAGUGCUCCUCCCUUUCCCUUCUCAUCUUGAUGUGCGUUGACCGUUUCAUGGCCAUCAACUGGCCCUUUUGGUACCAGAGGCAUGUGACCAAUACGCGCAUGAUGCUCGUUAUGUCCGUGAUCUUCGCUAUACACUUGACGAGGGCGUAUGUCGUUUAUGUUCAACUGAUGCGAUUCGACGUAACGAUCCAACCACUGACCAAAAGGUGCACUUUUAAUAGCAAUGCUCCCCACUUAUACAUGCUCAUAUUGGCAAUAGAGAUCGGGGUACAGCUGCUUUUUGCUCUCUGCCUAUGUGCGCAAGUGUCCAUGACGGCUCUAAAUCAAGCCAGAAAGAUGCAACAAGAUUUCGAAAAUCUUGGAAUAGAAAUGUCUGAAAGCCUUCAAAACAGAUUAGCUAGCGUGAAGAUAACGCUGUCUUUAAUGUAUCUGUUUAUCGUUCUAUGGGCCCCAACAAUACUCGCAACAGAAAUAGAAAAACUUUUAGGAAGUAAAGCAGCUAUUUCAUACAGGCUUCUAACUCGCAUUCCACGCUUGGCCAACUCGUUUUUGAACCCUCUGGUUUACGCUUUUUCCAGAGACAUCUACAGAAAGGCCUAUUGGUACCUUUUGACCACACCCCCUAAUCGAUGGGAGGAGCUAUCGAGGAAGCUGAGGGGCGAUGAGACCCUUACUGGUGAGACCGUUCGGGUCAGAUCGACGUAAUUAUUUAGGUGAACAUAAUAUUUGAACCUAUGGAGAGUGGUUCCAGUAUGCAAAAACCAGACAGCUGUUUCCCAUAAACUCUGUUUCUGCCAUUGUUCCCCGCCCGAGUACACACAAUGC